ACCUAUAUCACUGAAAUGGAAGGAUUUUCAUCAGAUUUAGAAAUAUACAGAAUUCAACAGAAGAAUGUCAGUGGUGUCACUGUAUUUAUUUUGAUUGGCUUCACAGAUGAUUUUGACCUGCAAGUCUUCCUAUUUCUACUCUUUCUUGGAAUCUAUCUCUUUACUCUGAUAGGAAAUUUAGGACUGGUUGUGUUAGUCAUUGGGGAUCCCCGGCUUCACAACCCUAUGUACUAUUUUCUGAGUGUUUUAUCAGUUUUGGAUGCCUGCUAUUCUACAGUGGUAACCCCUAAAAUGCUGGUCAAUUUCCUGUCAGAAGAUAAAUCUAUUUCAUAUUAUGGGUGUGCAACUCAAAUGCUUCUGUUUGUGACUUUAGGGACCACGGAAUGCUUUCUGUUGGCUGCCAUGGCUUAUGAUCGCUAUGUAGCCAUCUACAACCCGCUUCUGUACUCAGUGAGCAUGCCUCCCAGAGUUUAUUUGCCACUCAUCAUUGCCUCCUAUAUUAGUGGCGUUUUGCAUGCUACUGUACACACAGUGGCCACAUUUAGUCUGUCCUUCUGUGCAUCCAAUGAAAUUAGGCAUGUCUUCUGUGACAUCCCUCCACUCCUUGCACUAUCCUGCUCUGACACCCACAUAAAUGAGCUUCUCCUCUUCUACUUAGUGGGCUCUGUUGAAAUAGUCACCAUUCUGAUUGUCCUGAUCUCCUAUGGCUUCAUUCUGUUGGCCAUUCUGAGAAUGCAUUCUGCAGGAGGAAGACAAAAAGUAUUUUCUACAUGUGGCUCUCACUUAACUGGAGUAUCUAUUUAUCAUGGGACAAUCCUGUUCACUUAUAUGAGACCAAGCUCCAGCUAUGCGUCUAACCAUGAUAUGAUUGUUUCAAUAUUUUACACCAUUGUAAUUCCCAUGCUGAAUCCUAUUAUCUACAGUCUGAGGAACAAAGAUGUAAAAGAGGCCAUGAAAAAAUUAUUGAGAGAAAUUCGAUCAUAA